AUGGCGCACCAACGCACAACCUGGCUGUUGCUUCUCUCUGCACUUCUAAUAAUUUCUGUCGCCGAGGCGUCCCAUGCCAGCAAUGAUUCGAAUGCUUAUGCCGAACGUCGUCUCCGUCAAAUACUUCUGAGAAGUGGGGAAUACGAUGCGAAAGAGAGACCCGUCUUGUUGUCUAACAAACCCGUUGAUGUCGAGGUGUCCAUGGCGAUGUACGCCUUGAUAUCGCUGGACGAGAAGGAACAGGUACUCAAGGGUGCGUCAUGGAUUAUCAUGGAAUGGUACGAUUAUCGCAUUCAUUGGGAUCCCGAAAUGUACGGCAAUUUGCGUUUCUUGUCCCUUGGGAUGGAUGACAUAUGGACACCUAAGAUUCUCCUAACGAAUACAGCGAGUGAAAAGAUCGAAAACCCCAUUCAGGAAAGUGUAUUCAGAGCCUUGGCGUCAUGGGACGGCAAUGUUACCCUGGAAGGUCCUAUCAUUCACGAGACAUCUUGCGAGAUGAAGAUGUCACACUUCCCAUUCGAUCGUCAGAAUUGCUCUCUGGUUAUCUCCACCCAGAACACGCCGAAAUGCAUCGUCAAUCUGGCCAACGGGCCAGCCACACGCAUCGUGAUGAACGAGGCCACUUCCCAGUGGCAAGCUCUCAACUUUACUGCGGAAACUACUGCACAGGAGUUUCAAUACAAGGCCUACUCUAAAGUGAUUUUCUACCUUGUCGUAAAGAGGUUACCUUACCAUUACCUGCUGAAUAUUGCCCUGCCGUCUGCCAUUCUGACCUUCAUUUCGCUUGGAGUGUUUUGGUUGACGCCCGAGAGUGGAGAAAGGAUCUCCAUGGCCGUGUCUCUGUUGCUCGGCCAGGCUGUCUUCUGGUUAGUUACAGCCGAAUCUCUCCCGCCCACCGGCGGCGAAGGCACACCUCUACUCCUUGACUGCAUCGAAUAUAACUUCAUCGUGGGUGGUUUGGCCAUCCUCCUCAGCGUGGUCACGGUGGGCCUGCAGCACCAACCCGGCCCGCUGCGGGGCCGGUUCCGUCGGAAGCUGUUUCUGCAGAUUCUGCCUCUAGUCGUCUGCCUUCAGUCACGCGGUAGAGGCAAGGUUAACGACGACGAUUCGCGCUUUGACGAGAAAGACGAGAAGCUCAAAAUGACAUCCGACAUGGUCAAGAUCGUGUCUCUGUCAGACAAGGAUGGUCGGGUCAUCCAGAAGACCAAAGGUUACUCCAACGUUGAUGUCUCUCGGAACGGUUUGGACGACAUGAAGUUGGUGGCAGCUAUCUUGGAUCGCCUGUUCUUCCUUGUCGCGGCGAUUAUAUUCACCUGUGGCAAUGUCAAAUUGAUUGCAUGCCUUGUACAUGGUAUGUAAGUGGCCGGUUGUUGUUUUCAGGUGGGGGUUUAAGUCUGAAAAAAACUGAAUGCAAAAUUUUCUCGGGGUUGUAUGAAUCGUUGAGAAAUUGAGCUUGAAAUAUAUUUAAUAGCAAAUUGUUGAGGGGCUACAAUAAAUUUUGCGCGACACAGAAUAAUAACUAAUGAUCACAGGCGAAUCUCGGUCAGCUGUAUCAGGGGGAGAGGGUAACGGUUGCCAUAUAGUUAAUUCAGAAGGAUGAACUCUCUUUUUUGAAGAAUUUUAAGGCCUUCCAAUGAAUGGACACUGUGCAAAUCCCAGGAAAUUUUCAACAUCAUUUUCAAACUUUGGGGCCGGGCUCGUAGUCUUUCGAUGUUCCACAACUGGGGAGGGAGCAAAUUUAAAUAGUUUUCGUGAAAUGGGGCCGUUGCUUCUCACUUAAUUCCGCAAACCAUUCGUGAUGUGCUGAGAGAUCAGUUCAAAAAAACGUGCGCGGUAAUUGGCGGAAACUCCAUAUGUUUUAAUAAGGGAAUAAAUGUGU